AAUAUGCAAACGCUAUUGUUGUCAAAUUGUUCUCGUCUCAGUGAGCUGCCAGAAGAAAUUGAAAAACUUACUAAUUUACGCCAUCUGGAUGUGAGAAGAAGUACGCAAAUAACAAAGUUGCCACCUAAUUUUGGAAAAUUAAAGAAUCUCCAAAUGUUGACUAAUUUUUUGGUGGGCGAACCCAAUGGUCAAUCAUCAAAGAUCAGUGAAUUGGGCGGGCUUUCAUGUCUUCGUGGUGAGCUUUCCAUCUCAAGGUUGGAGAAUGUAGACAAUGAAGAACAAGCUUCAAAGGCAGACUUGAAAAGUAAGAAUUAUCUUUGUAAGUUAGAAUUCAGUUGGAAUACUACUAAUACUAGUUAUGAUCGUGCACUGAAGGUUCUCGAGAAUCUGGAGCCUCAUACAAAUUUGGAGAAGCUUACCAUUAAAAAAUACAGUGGUAGUAAAUUUCCCAAUUGGUUAAGUGAGGUCAAUUUCCCUAACAUGGUGAUCUUAGAACUAACCAAUUGCAGCUUUUGUGGGUCCUUGCCAUCGCUGGGGAACUUAUCUUCUCUUCAACAGCUCUAUAUCAGUGAGAUGAACAGAUUAGAAUUGGUGAAUUUUGGAUCUCAUGGGGAUGAUGGCUCUGGAAAUUUACCAUUCAGAUCUCUGAAAGUUUUGUCCUUUAUAAGGUUGCCAAGUUGGACGACUUUGACUUGCGAUUCAGAAUUCCCUUCCCUACAAGAGCUUACUAUAAGAGAUUGUGAAAAAUUGAUGGGCAAGUUUCCCGACGAUGCCUAUCUACCAUGUCUCCAAGACUUGAAAUUAGUUAAUUGUCCGAAAUUUUCUAUAUUUUCAGGAGAGGGGAUGCUGAUCGAUAGUUUCAGACAAAUGCAUAUCUUAGAAACUCUGAGUGAACAGCUUUGCCGCCUCACCUCCCUAGAAGAGCUUCAGAUCACAUCUCUUAGUAUCAGCUUACUUUCAAAUAUCCCAAUUUUGGGCAAUGGGCUUUCUGGUCUCACCUCACUCAAAGAGCUUCAUAUUCGCAACUGCAAGAUGCCGGCAGAGCUCCCCAACCUACAAUCUUUAGUUAUCACUGAUUGCAAAGAAUUGGAGGAAUGGAGUUUGUAUAGAAUGGAGUUGCCAACUUGUUCUGAGACCACAAAUGGAUGUGGUGGGGAAAAGGAGUUUUCAAAAGAGAGCUGGCUGCCUGACACUCUCACUUCUCUUUGUAUCAAUAUCAGGCCUAGAAAGCAAUGUGGUUCACAUGGAAUGGAGUCACUGACUGAUUUUGAGAUUACAGGUAAAUAUAAUGAGGAGUGGUCGUUUCCUGAAGAGGGGAUUCCUCUUCGUAUCAGCAGCAUUCCAGUUCUCGAAAAAUUGGUCAAACGGUUUCAGCACCUCACCUCGCUCAAAAGGCUGGAGAUCAAGUGCAGUAUGUCGAUUCAAGCAUAGGGAUUACCCACCUCCCUUUCUUUUCAUAAUCAAAACUUCUCUUACCUCGCGUCCCAAUAAGGACAAAGGGAAAGAUUGGCACAGGUUUUAAAAAUUGACUAGAGAGCUAGUCAGCUGGGACAAACGCUGGUGGAUGCAUGUGGGCUGGAUUUCUUCGAACUAGUUUGGUUGAUUUUGGGGCGAAUUAUGUUUGACCAUAUGAUGGACGGAGCUUCGGAUCUAAGAUGAUUUGCUGCUUAUUGUAGGAUUCAUCCUUCUAAAGAUUGGAUUGAGUCCCAGGUUCCUGAAAUUGUCCAAAAUGGUAUUAAAGAUCUUAGGGAUGAUUCCGGUGAUAUUGAUGAUAUGGAUGCAGAAGCAUGUAUUCCAGUGUUGUUUGCU